CCAUCUGUUCUGCUCGGCAUGGCGACUCAGAUGGACGCGUACCUGCUGCUCGGCCGCGCGGCCUGGAUGGCGCCCAAAAUCGCCUACGAGGACGACGACGACAUCGGCUCCGACUCCGACUACGAGGCGACCUCCAGGACCUCCGCGGCUUCCUCCUCCUCCGACCUCGCCGACGACGCGAGCUCCACCUCCUCGUCAUCCUCCUCCGCCGACGACCUCUUCGAGAUGUCCGCCCUAAUGACGCACCUCCCCAUCAAGAGGGGGCUGUCCAGGUUCUUCGACGGCAAGUCGCAGUCCUUCGCGUCGCUGGCCGCGGUGGGAUCCCUCGAGGACCUGGCCAAGCCGGCCAGGAAGCGCAUCAAGCCGUCGCGGAGCUGCGGGGGCGGCCUCCACGCGCGCCGGGACCGGGUCCUCUCGCCGCGCCGGCAUUGCCCCAAGGCCGCCAGGAAGGCGGCUGCCAGGGCCGCCCUCUCGGUGCUCGGCGGCGGCGGAUCGCCGAGGAGGAUGAUCAUAGGAAACGCUCUAGUCGUUAGCUAGAUCAGAUCCUCGGCUUGGGUCAGCUAGCACUGACGCGGCAGAGGCAGCGGCGUUGGUUUUCUUCUCCACUGUGUUCCGAGUUCUUUGCAGUAAGAAGAGAUUGUACAGGAAAUGCACGGCCGAAUUUGAAUGUUUACUUCAAUGGAAAUACCAUACAACUUCAACCGUAUGAAUUCUGAAUUUGAAGA